GUUUUCUGAGCUGUUAUAUAAUAUACACUUCAUUGCCACUUCUUCAUCAGUGCGAAACAAGUUCGAAUCAGAAGAAGAUGAAGAGUAGAUUAAACCGAGAUUAAAUCUUACAUUGUGAUGGAACCGAGUCUUAAAAAUUAUUAUAUGUGAAUGCAGAUCUCAAUUAAUAUUUUUCAAGGCAUCGGAGUUACUACGUAGCAUCUUUUUACAUAGGCAGAAUAUAUACAAGGAGUUUAAAUUUAUACUAAAAGAUGGCUUCAAUAAAAUUAGUAUCGUUCGAGGAAGAACUAAAGAAGAAUCCGGAAUUGAAAGAGUCAGAUAUACAAAUAUUAAGAGAAUGGUGCAAAAAACAGACUCAUCUACCUAAAAUGUCAGACAGCGAAUUAACAUUGUUCUUGCAUAGUAAUUAUUAUCAACUCGAGCCAACAAAAAUUACUAUCGAUACUUUUUUCACAGUCAGGACUCACGUACCUGAGUUCUUCUGCAAUCGAGAUCUUAUUAACGACAAAGAAGUAAAGAAAGCAACCAAGACGGUAACGACUCAAAUUUUGGAAGGAACUACUAGAGAAGGGCAUACAAUCAUUUAUGGAAGACUCAUAGAUAGCGAGCCAUCGUAUUUUGUUCACAGCGAUGUAGUUAAAUUGCUUUUUAUGACAAUCGAUUUAUGGCUUUAUACGGAGGGUACUUGCAAUGGCCAUAUAUUAAUAGUCGACAUGAAAAACGUUUCUUUGGGACACGUCGCCCGUCUAAGUCCUGUGACUCUAAAGAAAUUCUUUUACUAUCUACAAGAAGGAUUACCUGUUAGAUUGAAAGGGUUCCAUUUGACAAAUGUUUCUCCAGUAGUAGAUAUCAUUUUCAAUAUGAUAAAACCUUUCAUGAAAAAACAGCUGCUGGAUAUGUUUCAUAUGCAUUCCACAAACGACACUCUGGAGAACUUCGUGCCACUCGAAGUUCUUCCAAACGAAGUAGGUGGUCAAGCCGGUCCUAUGCAGGAAUUACAUGACAAACAAAUGAAAAAACUGGCAGAUCACGUUGCUUGGUUCAAAGAAGACGAAGCUAAUCAUCGGAUUAAUGAAUCGCUACGACCGGACAAGACAAAGAUAGCAACGGAUUUAUUUGGCGUUGAAGGAAGCUUUAAGAAGCUCGAGAUUGAUUGAUCAAAUAAUGUUUUACAACAUUAAUGGCAUGAUUGACUUUACUUUUAGUAUGU